AUGGCUGGCGUGUCGACGGCGGUGGCGAGGACGCCGGUGGCGCGGGCACCGACGGCAGCUCUCGCGGGUCAACGACGUUCCGUCGCGGCGCGCGCGCUGCCCCAGACCUCCACGCGCGGCGAUCCCGUCCAGCUCGCGUCGGCGGUGGCCAGGCUCGACGCGCACGUCGCCCGCGUCGGUGGCGCGGACCUUUACGCGGCGACGGAGGAUGCGACCGCCGCCGUGGACGUGAUGGUUCGGUCCAAAAAUAUCGGAGGAACGUUGGAGGAGUGUCUGGCGCGAUCCGACGGGGUCUGGGAGGUGUGCGUCAUGCCCCACAUGCUGAGGCUCAGCGCCCCGCUCGGGAUCACGUUCAGACCCGUCCGAUACUCCCUGAAGGAUGGCAAGAUUCGGAGCGACGUGCGUUUCAGGCUUCCGGGUGGCAUCGUUCGAGGGUGGCUGUCCAGCUCCGGGAGCGUGAAGGCGACGGCGCGGUCGGACCACGACGGCGCGGCGAUCGACCUCGUGUUCGACAGGUUCUGGAUCGACUUGAACGACGGAGACGUUCCAAAGGAUUUCGUCGAUUGCGUCUCGGCGGUGGACAAGGCUGUCGACGCCGUCGGUAAGGCGGGGUUCCUUCCCUCGUUCGCGUUCUUCCCGGUGCACUUCUUCGACGCCAAGAGCGGGACGUGCGUCUUCGAGUUCCCGCCGCUCAGGUCCAACAUCGCCGCGAAGAGGGUCGGCGACGUCGAGGAGACGCUGAAAUUUUGA